AUGGAUACCAAGGUAAUAUCUCAACCAGUUGCUGUUUUUAUUGCUGAACCAAAAGUAGUUUGCAGUGCUUCUUUCUGUAGUAAGCUUAAUUUGCCUGGAAUGGAAAAUAAAAUAAUUCAUAAUUCAGUUUCUAAUAAAAAAGGGAAUAUCUGGUUAUUCUGGAAUAAGACAUUACCAGAACCUAAGGUUGUUUCUAUGUCAAUCCAACUGAUUACUGUGGAUAUUGGUGGAGCUCUGGUUUCUGGUAUCAUGCACAUGAUGAAAAAAAUUGGUGGCAGAGCAGCUAAUAGAAGAUCAAUGCAAGAAUUCAAUGAUUGUUUAAAUAAUUGUGAAUUGAUGCUAGCUCCUAAAUCAGGUUUAAUGCAUUCUUGGUCCAACUGUCAACAUGGGAACAAGAGAAUUCUUUGUAACUUAGACAUAUCUAUUUAUAAUCAUAAAUGGUUUCAAAUGCAUGAGGAUUGGAGCUAUAAAGUGGGAGUAAGGAUUUCUUCUGAUCAUUCUCCCUUGUUAGGUGGGGGUGCAACUAUUCCUAAACCUUCAAAUGCUCCCUUCAAGUUUCAGAAAAUGUGGUUAACUCAUCCAGAGUUCAUGGAAGUAGUAUCUCAAAGUUGGGAUGAAGAUAUUGUAGGUGAUCCACCUUAUGUAUUUCAACAAAAAGUCAAAAGAUUAAAGAAUGUGCUCAAGCUAUGGAACUGGUCUGUGUUUGGUAAUAUUCAUGUUAAAAUCAAAGAAGCUGGAGAAGAAGUUAUCAAAUCUAUGGCGCACUCAGAUCAAAACCCUCAAGACAUUGAUGCUCUGAAUAACCUUGUAGCUGCUGAAAAUGAUUACAAUAGCAGAGAAGUUCAACUAAAUACUAUGCUUAAGCAAAAAGAAAGAAUAAAUUGGAUCAAAGAAGGUUCUUCUAAUACUGGGUUUUUUCAUACUAAUUUGAAGAUCAGACAGUCCAAAAGUCUGAUUAGUGAAUUGGAGGAUCUCAAUGUCAAUCUUGUUUCAGACCAGAAAAUAAUUGCAGAAACUCUAGUGCACCAUUUUAAAGAAAAAUUUCAAUAUCAGCAAACUGAGGAAGUAGAUUCUUUGCUGGAAGUAAUUCCAAAUGUAGUCACAGAGGAGGAUCAACAAAUGUUGGAUGCCAUACCAGAUGCAGAGGAGAUAAAAUCUACUAUCUUUAGUAUGGAUCCUGACAGUUCUCCAAGACCUGAUGGCUUCUCUGGUUGUUUCUACAGAGAUUGCUGGAGCAUUAUUCAUCAUGAUGUAAUUCAAGCUGUGCAGUUUUGUUGGAGGAGACAAUUCAUUCCCAAAGGGCUCAAUUCAAAUUUUUUGGUUCUCUUGCCUAAAACAGGUGGAGCAAAAACUCCAAAUCAAUUCAGGCCCAUUGGAUUGAGCAAUGUAAGUUUUAAGAUAUUCACAAAGAUCAUAAAUACAAGAUUGAGCUCUCUUUUGCCUAAACUAAUCAGUCCUCAACAAGUUGCUUAUAUCAAAGGCAGAAGCAUACAAGAACAAAUUAUGUUAGCUUUAGAAAUGGUCAAUGAGAUAAAGAAAAAGAGAAGGGAUGGAAAUGUUGGUUUAAAGCUUGAAAUAUCUCAAGCUUAUGAUUCUGUAAGUUGGGAUUUUUUAUUCAAGGGUCUAAGCAAGUAUGGUUUCUCCAAUUCUUGGUGUCAUUGGUUAAAAGUUUUAUUUGAGUCAUCUAGAAUAUCUGUAAUGGUGAAUGGUGGGCCUCAUGGUUUUUUCUCAGUUGGUAGGGUUUUAACGCAAGGAGACCCAUUAUCUGCUACCUUAUUUGUUAUUAUGGAAGACAUUCUUAGUAGAAGCAUUCACCAGAGGGUGGCAGAAGGUUUGAUUCAGCCAAUGGUUAUUAGAAAAGGAAUUCACCCAACACACUUAUCUUUGCAGAUGAUGUGUUCCUCUUUUGCAAUGGGGCAAACAAGAGUAUUACUAAUCUCAUGA